AUGUGGCUGGCCCUGGCACUGACCCUGGCAGCCUCCGCGGCCGCCAGCCAGGAGUUCCCGAAAAUCCUCAACGGGUCCGUGGCGGGCGGCCAGUCCCUGCCGGGGGGCUACACGUGCGCCCCCCACUCACAGCCUUGGCAGGCAGCGCUGAUGGAGGGGGGCACUCUGCGCUGCGGGGCCACGGUCAUCCACCGCCUCUGGGUGCUGACCGCUGCCCACUGCUACCGCAAGAACUACACGGUUCUCCUGGGCAAACACAACCUGACGGGGGAGCAGGAGCCCGGUCAACAGAGCCGCUGGGUCCAGCGCUCCGUGCCGCAUCCCUCCUACCAGAGCAGCCCUACCCAUCACAACCACGACCACGACAUCAUGUUACUGCGCCUCAGCAGGCCUAUCAAAUUCUCCAACACCAUCCGCCCGCUGGCCCUGGCCACCGACAACGGCCUGCCCCCCGGGACCCCCUGCCUCGUCUCGGGCUGGGGCAGCACCACCAGUCCUGAGGUUAACUACCCAAACAGCCUGCAAUGUGCAGACAUCCAGCUGCGCUCUGACGUGGAGUGCCACCAGGUCUACCCGGGCAGGGUCACCCCCAACAUGCUCUGUGCGGGCACUCAGGAGGGUGGCAAGGAUUCUUGUGAGGGAGACUCGGGUGGUCCUCUGGUCUGUAAUGGGCGACUCCAGGGCAUCAUCUCAUGGGGGGAUUUCCCCUGUGGCCAGCCCAACCGGCCCGGCGUCUACACCCGCGUCCCCCGCUACUUGAAGUGGAUUUCGGACACGAUCGGCAGAGACUGA